CGGAGUUCCCCCCGGGACCCGGCCCAGCGACUCCUGCGCCGGCUGCGUGCGGACGGGCGGCGCGGCCUCUCCGGGAGCCCCGCGGACUGCUACAGAACACUGUGAAAUUAUCAUCAGUGGUAAAUGCGUGUUCAAGAAACAUGACGACUAUAAGGAUUAUAUUGAGACAUUUUUUAUGGUUUUGUGUGAUGUAACAAGGAUAAAUACAAGGAGUGGUUUUGCAAAGUGGACAGUAAUGGAGUAUAUGAGCACGGGUAGUGAUAGCAAAGAGGAGAUUGACUUGUUGCUAACUAACUUAAAUAUGUCUGAGGUGAUAGACAUCAUGGAAAACCUUUAUCCAGGUGGAGACCUUGCAGUCUAUGAAGACAGCUUAAUUACAAUGUGUGAAGAGGCAAAUCAGAAUGAAGAUCGAGCGGAAUCUUUACUGUUUUGUGAAAGGGAGGUUUCUUUGAUGUCCUCCGUCAAAUACGGGACUGUGGAAGACCUUCUUGCCUUUGCAAAUCAGGUGUCUAAUACUGCAAAACAAUGUAAAGGAUGCAAACAGCAAGAAUCUGGAAUCCUCUUGAAUAUGAUUACACCCAAGAAUGGACGUUAUCAGAUUGACUCGGAUGUGCUCCUCUUUCCAUGGAAGCUGACUUACAGGAACAUUGGCUCUGAUUUUAUUCCUCGGGGAGCUUUUGGGAAGGUGUACUUAGCCCAAGAUAGGGAAACUAAGAAACGAAUGGCAUGCAAACUGGUCCCAGUGGAACAGUUCAAGCCAUCAGAUGUUGAAAUACAGGCAUGUUUCCGUCACGAAAACAUAGCUGAAUUAUAUGGUGCUAUUUUGUGGGAUGAGACGAUCCAUCUCUUUAUGGAAGCUGGAGAGGGAGGAUCUGUCAUGGAAAAGCUGGAGAGUUGUGGUCCUAUGAGAGAAUUUGAAAUCAUUUGGGUGACAAAGCAUAUUCUGAAAGGACUUGACUUUCUCCACUCCAAGAGGAUUAUCCACCAUGAUAUCAAACCAAGCAACAUUGUCUUUAUGUCCACUAAGGCUGUUUUGGUCGAUUUUGGCCUAAGUGUUCAAAUGACUGAAGACAUUUACUAUCCCAAAGACCUUAGAGGAACAGAGAUCUACAUGAGCCCUGAAGUUAUCCUCUGCAGAGGCCACACAACAAAAGCAGACAUCUACAGCAUGGGAGCUACUAUUAUUCAUAUGCAAACUGGUAUUCCACCCUGGGUGAACAGAUAUCCUCGUUCUGCAUAUCCAUCCUACCUCUAUAUUAUACACAAGCAAGCUCCCCCCUUAGAGGACAUUGCUGAAGAUUGCAGCACUUCCAUGAGAGAGUUACUAGAAGCAGCUCUAGAAAGGAAUCCAAAUCACAGGCUGUCUGCAGCAGACUUACUGAAACAUGAAGCUUUACACCCACCUCCAGAAGAGCAACCAAGGUGCCAGAGUCUGGACUCAGCAUUGUUUGAAAGGAAAAGACUGCUUGCAAGGAAGGAGCUGCAGUUGCCAGAAAACAUUGCAGAUUCCUCAUUGUGUACCGGGAGCAUAGAAGAGUCAGACCUGCUAAAGAGGCAAAGAUCACUCUACAUAGAUCUUGGAGCUCUAGCUGGUUACUUCAAUAUUGUCAGGGGACCACCAGCCUUAGAAUAUGACUGACUCAACAGUGUUGUAUAUCAGAAGGACAGAAAUGGACCUCUACCUCUUAAAACUUGAUUUUAAGACUUUGUUUUCAAAUUUGUACAUAAAAAUAUUGCCAUUGUAGUCUGUAAAAUGUGAAUAGUGUUUAAUUGCACAGAUGAUUAAGCUAAAGCCUUUGAGGCUCUGAUAAGCUGAUCCCAAGCAGUGAUAUUUGUGCGUCUGCUGGUUGACCAACAAGAAGACAGCAAAAAGAACACUGCUGGGAGUGUCUUAAUCUGAAUGCCUUACCUUCCUGUGCUAGGCCUUGCACUUUUAUAAAACUUGUAAUAUAUGCUUGCAAAUACUUCUAUCACAAAAAAACCAACCAAACAAAAAAACAAACAAAAAAACCCCAAAACUAAACAAAAAAGCAAUGAGCAUGUGGGCUGUAAAAUUCAGUCUAUCUGAGCUGUCCUUAGAGAAAACCUUUAGAAAAAAAGUCCUUGAUUUAACCAGUCAAAGACUGGUUCAGUCUUGUUCUGUCUUUCAGACUUGGCCUGUCUCUGGUCACUCUUAAUGGAAAUCGGGGCCUCCUUUAAGCAGAGCUAAGUUCUGUCAGCUGUCUGGAGCCAAAGCAUCACUCAGUUACUCUGAUGUGCUGUUAGAGCCAAGCAGGGUGCUGUUCCCUUUCUCUGUGGGUGUAGGAAAUCCUUCACUGGCCAUACCUGUUAGCUUUGGGAAUAACACAGCAAGCUGGCCCUGGCGAACAACAGCAGUGACUCUCCCUGCUUCCUAUGUUACAGCAAUUGCAAGGAUAUCUUGGGUAGUUUUCAAGGGUAGACAGCAGGCAGACUCCAGACUCUUUGUUUUUUAGUACUUUAACUUGUACAUGUGUACGUUUGCUGUGAGUGCUAUGGUUUGGAAAGCGUGUCAUUAGUUGACAAGCUGUGUUUAUGUUCCUAUGGAAAUGGAAUUACAUUGUUCUUGCUGUGCCUCAUACAUUUGAAACAUGAUGUUUUGGAUGAUAGUAAAACUAUGUAAACUGCAUAGUUCUGUACAUCCCAUGGGAUGAGAACGUAAACUUUUAUAAAACUCUCUUUGAUGCUUAGGAUGACUAAAGAGCAUUUGUGUUAAAAUGGCAUACUAUGUAUGUGGUACACUGAGUUUUUUCUGAAGCACAGUUUCUUUUUCAUACAUCUGUUAUUUAAUG